AUGACGAUGACGAUUUCGAUGAUCCCCACCUCUCCUUCGUCUCUGCCCUCGUCUCUUCAGUCACGAAAAAAUAGAGCCCCUCCGCUGAUCGACACCGCUCCAGAUUCACCGCCUCUCGUUCGUUCUCAUUUCGAGGGAGACAUCGAUUUCCUCUCUGUGAAGAGGCCAGUGCUAGAUCAGAACUUGUACAACAUGGGGAUGAAAAUGACCUCAACAACGUUUGCAUCCACCACUGUUAAUGUCCUCCCGGCCAUUACUUUUGUAAUGGCACUCGUUUUCAGGCUAGAGAAGGUGAACUUGAGAAAAUUUCACAGUGUAGCCAAGGUCAUUGGAACCGUCAUAACAGUUUCAGGAGCUAUGGUUAUGACUCUGUACAAAGGCCCUGCCUUCCAAAUCAUAAAGGGUGGAGGAGCCAUGAGCCACCAUAGCAACUCUAGCAGUACCAGUACCACCGAACCCUCUGACCAGCACUGGAUAGUUGGAACUGUUUAUCUCCUAUUUCUUCAUUUUUUUCCAAUCUAGAAAAUCUCAAAUCAA